AUGGUUUCGCUGGAAUCGAAAGCUGCAUGGGAAGCACGUGCACGUGCUAUCGGAGUGCCCGAUGGCUUUUUAGCUGAGCUGCAAGGAUGUAGUCUGGACACAUUUGGUCAAUGGGCUUUUUGCUGUCAAUGCGAUCAGAACAGUUUCGAUGACACACCUAUCAAAACUGCAGUGGAUGCUUUGCUAGGGCGUGAAGUGACGCCACAGGAGAUGGUCUUGUGCAGAAGGCUUUACUUUGAGGGCAGAACUUAUGCAGCUGCCGACAUGCAGGCGAGGAUUGAACGAACUUCAGAGGACAAGCCAAGGACCAUGCCACUUGCAGAGCGCAUGGCGAGAAUAGAGCGCCAAAAAGGCGACUUGGUGGGCGUCACAUGGACGGCAGAGCUGGAGCCGUCUCACAAGCUGGUAGAUAAAAUAGUGGCUAUGCAGGAUGAUGGGGCUCUGCUUUUCAUCCCACCACACGCUUGUGUCAGCAGGGUGCAAGAGAUCCAUCAGGAGAAACACGAGGUUGCCUUAACCUUCGACUCAGCAGGCAACAUCCGUAUGGGCAAGAAAGCAGAAGAGCUGAAGUGUGAUACCAAUGGUGAUUUGAAUCUGAGAAAUGCGUGGACUAGAAGAAACCUUGCCUACGAUCAGGCGGGUCUGGCCAGUUUUGUGGUCUUGGAAAAGUGGCCAACCAAGCUGAUGCUUGCACCGGCCGCUCCUUCCAAGCCGACGCCAAAAGCAGCAGAGCAAGCCACAGGCGCUACAAACUGGCGCAAAGGAAGCAAUGGAUGGAGAUGCCUGAAGUUCCAAUGGGGAUUGUGCAGCAGACAGAAGGAGAGCAAGUGUAAGUUUGGGGUGCAUGAAUGCUUUAAGUGUGGAGCUAAGCGCCCCUACAACCAGCGUUUGGCGGCCUGCAUUCUGCAAAAACUGGAAGCAGGACCAACCUUUUUGAACCUCAAGCAGCUGCGCUUGGACAGCCUCCAAGCUCAAGGAAGACAGCAUCGGGCCCUUCAACAACUGGUGCCCGAUUUCGAAGCUUUUCUUUGGCGAUCUCCUUCGAUCCCACUGGCCAAAAACGAAAAGCCCCUGCCACCAAAAACAGCGGGGGAGGAACUCGAGGUGGCUGAUGAAGACCCUGCGCAUGAGGGCGCGGUCAAAGUAGGUGUUUGGAUGGAGCCAGAGGUCAUGCACGACUUUUUGGAAGGUGUUGAUUUGGUAGGAGAAGAGCCGAUGUCAGCACUUUACAAAGAAAAGCUACAGCCAGCCACCAUGACUGUUGAGCAACUGAAUAUGUCAGCAUCACUUCACAGAAAGCUUGUGAUAGGCCGACCCCUUGCUGACCAUGAAAAGGAACAUGCAGAUAGGUUAGUGGAGCUAUCCCAAGAGGAAGUGGAGGAAUCAUUCCUCCGUGGCCCUUUCUUUUCUGAAGACGAAGUUUCGGCGGAGCUGGGAACGCAAGACUGGACCCUGACAAAGCGCUUUUUGCUAGUUCAGGGCGAUGACGGGAAAGAACGCAUAAUUGAUGACUACAGGAGAAGCCAUGUAAAUGCAGCCUUUGCUUCCCGGUCCUACUUGGAGUUGCAGGAUGUGGAUGUUUUGGCAGCCCUUAUAACCCUCCUAAUGCACUUGCUGAAAGGAGGCCACGAUGUUUCUCUCCCGCUUUCAGAUGGUACGGUCUUGAGGGGAAAGCUCUCCCGAGCAGCCAUGUCAGGGGAAGCCAUUCUAGGCAGGUGUUUUGAUUUGUCAAAGGCCUACAAACAACUUGCAGUGAGCACGGCCAGCCUCCGGUAUUCUGUUUUGGGUGCACGGAACAGCAGCGGCAAGUGGUUCUACUACAUUGGGCAGUCCCUGCCUUUUGGUUCAACAGCAAGUGUUUACAGUUUCAACAAGAUGGCCCGGGCACUUCAAUUCCUGCUCUGGGAAGACUUUGGGGUGGUAACCACCAACUUUUAUGACGACUACCCAACACUGGAGCUUGCUGGUGCUGCGGAAAAUACCACGCAGGUGGUGUCAGGUUUCUUUCAAUUGCUUGGCUGGAGGCAUGCUGUGACGGGCAAGAAGGCCAAACCUUUUGCUUCAACUUUCGCGGCUCUGGGGGUGGAAUACAAUCUGGCCAACCUCCAUGGCUCUUUCUUUACAGUGGGCAACAAACCUGAACGCCUCCAGCGCAUCGGGCGCCUGAUUCAGCAAGUUGCCCAGGAGAAAGCAGUAACCAGUUCCACAGCAGCUUCCCUACAUGGGCUUUUGAAUUUUGCGUCUGGAUUUGCGCUGGGCAAAGCACUACAACCAGCGGCUCAAGGCUUUUCUUCUCUGGCAAUGGGUGCCAAUCUCCCUCCGCAAGUGCUAGCAGAUUUAUGCCAGCAUGCCCUAACAGUUCUUAGAUCUCUCCAACCUCGCAAGGUGGCAACCUCGGAUGAGCCUCACCCCAUAAUCAUCUACACUGAUGGUGCAUUUGGAGAAGACCUUGCGGAUUGGGGGGCAAUCGUGUUGGACACUGCCACCAAUACAAGAGAAUGUUUUGCUGGACGAGUCCCCGCUUUUCUGCUGGAAGCAUGGCGUGGAUUGGUUGGCGAGCAACUUAUUUGUCAGAUUGAGAUGUAUGCGGUUCUGUGCAUACGGUGGCACGCGAGACACUUACUGCAUGGCCGGCGUGCAAUCCUGUUCAUCGACAACGAGGCCUGUAGGUAUUGCCUGAUCAAAGGAAGGUCUCCAUCUGACCCACUUUUUCGGAUGGCCCAUGCUUGCUCCUGUUUGGAAGGCGCCAUGCCAUGUUACUUAUGGUAUGAACGUAUUGCAUCAUAUUGCAAUCCUGCAGACCUCCCCUCAAGGAGGCAAGCCGAACAAGCUUGUCGAAAGUGGAACCUGAAGUUAGGUGGAGAUAUCAGCUUGCCGUCUGAGCUCUAUACCUCCAUCAUUGACGGAGUGCCUUUUCCUCGACUGGCAUGGGCGGGAAACGAUGUUAGCUGGAUCCUCGAAUAA